AUGAUAGAGCAUCAGAACUUUAGAGUACCACAAGGAUCUAUUCUAAGUCCUGACCUGUUCAACUUGUAUUUCACCGAACUCCAAAACAAAAUCGAACUACCAUGCUUUCAGUAUGCCGAUGAUACGACUAUACUUGCGCAUGGAAAGCCAAACGAUCUGUCGUCUCUUGAAACUGCCCCGAAUGAAGAUCUGGCAAAGCUAACUUCAUGGUAUUCAUCUACAAAUCUUGCUCUAAACCCAAAUAAGACAAAGAUUAUGGUCAUGAGUACAAAACAACUCUCAAAGCAUCACAAUCUCGAAGACUACAAUCCAGUUCUAAAGAUUGGAGAAAAGUACCUUGAACGAGAACAUUGCAGUAAAAUGCUUGGCGUAGUCUUUAAUGAGCAUCUGUCAUUGGAUGACCACAUAGCCAAAGUAACAUCCUCAUGCUUCUAUUCCAUGUCCGUACUACGAAAAUUCAAAUAUCUUAUGCCAUAUAAAUUAAAGCGACAAGUUGUUGAGCUCCUCGUGUUAUCAAAGAUGUACCAUGUAGAUGCUGUUAUUCGUCCUCUUCCGUUACGACUCUUAAAACGAUUGCAAAAAGUUCAAAACGCUGCUGCAAGUUUUGUAUUAGGUCGCUACGCCAAGGAGAAAGACGUGGUGACACUUGGUAGGCUGCCAAUGAAAGAGCGCAGAGAUUGGCAUCUACUGAAUCUUUCUCAUAAGUACGUUCAUGAUGACAGAAAGCCAAAAUAUAUUGACAGAUCAUUGAAUUGA